ACGUUUUAUUGACUUGAGAACGCCAUUGAUCUUGUCUUGUCUCUCUUUAGAGAAUCAUUAUGCCCAAAUCGUUAGGGUUUCCUUUUAGAGAAUGAAUCGUAAAUCGAAUGAAUGUGGUGGUUGUGGUUCACAAAAUCAAUGGAUACUACACAACGUUCAUCAAAGAGGUAUAUACCGUCAUCUCUGCACAUCUUGUGUUCUAAAAUUCAAUGCUGGUUUGUUUUGCCCAAUUUGUUUCCAAGUUUAUAAUUUAGGUUCAUCAUCAUCUUCAUUCGCCAUCGAUCGUAUUAUGUGCCAAAAUUGCCCCUCCGUUUCACAUAAAUCUUGUGCUAGUAAUUUAACAAAAGGGGAAAAAAACAAUCCUCAUUAUCAAUGUCCACCUUGUGUAAACCCUAAUUUUGUAUUUUUCGAUGUCACCAAGAGUGAAAAGGGGAAGGUUAUAGAUGUGAAUUCUGCUAAGGUACUUGUUGCUGCUGCAACGAUUUCAUCCAAUUCCAUGAAUAAAGCAGCGAGUUUAGCUAGGGUUGAUGCUGAGAGAAGAGUUAAUGAAGCUACAGUUUCUAGGAAACGUGCCAAAGAGUUUUUAGAGAAAGUUAUUUUACUUGAGAAAAACGAGAAUGGGGCUGAGCAAAUUGUCAAUACGUCACCAGCUCCUGCUCCUGUCAUUGCUGCAGCUCCUGCUCUUGUUGUUGCUGCAUCGCCUGCUGUUGCGCGGCCAGGUCCUGCUCCAGUGGCGAGGUUGGUGAAGGAGCAGAAAAAGAAAGCCAAAGUGAAUAAUGCUGCAAUUAGUCAUGCAUUGGAAGCGCAAUUACUGAUUCAGAAUAAUUUGAAGGCAACGAAAAUGGAUACACCUGGAAGGGGUUUGAAUAAUGUGAAGUUUUAUACACCAGUUGUAUUGCAGAAGGAUUUGAAAAAUGGUGUAUCGGAUAUGAAUAAGAUGAAUCGAGCUCCUGGGGUUAUGGGAUGUGAAGUAAGACAUGGCGUGUCUAAUGCAGUAAAGGAGGAGAAAAAGCUUGACGUAUUAAACCGUGUAGAACCAGCGGAAUUUGAUAGAUUUGGAUUAGUUUCGAGACAUACUCCUCAGAAUAGACAAGGUGUAGAAAAAGAGGGAGACAAAUCUAAACUACUUGCAGACUCUAAGGAUGGGCCUCGGAUACUUACAUCAAGUUGAGAUGCAGUAGCUCUGAGUAAUACAGUUCUUGGGUUAUACACAGCACCAGAUUCGAUUGAGCUAGAUUUUGUCAGCUGGGUUUGCCAGAUGAAGUUCGAGAGUUUUUUGGUACAUUAAUCUUCUUCAUUUUUCUGUUAUCUGUUCUUGGAAUUAUGUAGAGAUGUCUCAGGCUAUCCUCUUUUUGUUCUCUAGCUUUGUUUUUGUAGGGUUUAUAAUAAUACUUAUGGCUUAAUUGUACCUUCGUGAUGAAGAAGGUUCAUUUCUUGUAUUAUACGUUUAUUUGGAUAUCUUAACUACUUAAAAGUGUAGCUUACAUAAUCUUCUCUUUAAUGUGAAAAGUUUCCAUUGCCAA